CAGUGGCUCGGCGCCCCAGUUACGAGUCGAGGGGCAGCGCGAAGGCACAACUACCGCAGCGCCGCGCCACGCGACUGUACUUUACCGAACACGCAAACGCAAACAAUUUAUCAAUUAAUAUUUUUUAAAAUAAUUCAUCAACAUGCAUUUUUUAAAUAAAUUCACCAACUCAAGAUUAUUUAUAUUCAGUGCAUUAUAAGGAUCUUAAAACAUUGAUUUUGAAAAAUAAACUACAUGUUGAUAAACAAGUUAAAAUGUAUUACAAAAAGUUUGAACACUACCUAAUAUUAAGUUUGAUAAAACAAAUAACAAUGACACUAUAUGUGAGUGCUAAGCCGAUAGAUUUUGGACAAAAAAAUAUAUUAUUUUCGGACUAUCAAUUAGAAAAUUUAGCAAAUGAAGUGUGUAACGACUUGGAGUUAAUUAUAAAUGUGACUGCGAAGACCUGUAGGAAUAACUAUCGGGCGCCAGACUGGAGUAAGCCCAUAAACUCGACAUCGGUGAGCGUGCGCUGCCUCACGCGACAUAGCAUCAGGUUCGACAUCGAUCCCUCGCAGCACUACCAGCUCGUCGCCCUCGUCCCGCAGUUGAACAACGAUAGCAGUUCCGGGAUUACUUAUAUAAACUACAGUAUUAUAGAGCCAUAUCAACACCAGGGGCAGAUAAGCACAACUCCUCAAAGAAACUACACGAUUUGGAGCGCAGUACUCAAAGAUGGGUCUCCGAUAGAAUGGCUCAGGGGCGACAAAGCGCCAUCCUACAAUAGUUCUAUGGAACACAGAAGAUAUGACAUCAAACCAGCCUUUCCUCCUAAGACGCAGGACUCCACUAUUACUGGACGCUUUUCUUGGAACAGUAUUGGUGAUUACGAUGCAUGCUUCGACGUCGCGAAUUCUUGUGUAAAAACCAAAUUCCAGUCCACUAAAGUCGGGCCCAUUAGCAGAGACAGUGACCCAGGGGUAGAGUUUGAGGUGCAGCCGAAUGACGAGUGCAGUAUCAGAGUGACGGGGCUGUAUGGGUCUACCGACUUUCAAUACCACACUCCUUCCUGGAAUAAGUCUCAGUAUUCACAAAAUGCAGAGGAAAUACAACCAGAGAUUCCUGAUAACAUAACGAUCGUGGCGAUUAAAGACAUCGGUGGCACCUGGGAUGUGUACGUCUUCUGGCAGAAACCACAGCUCUUUCCUGACUAUUACAAUGUGACAGUGCACGCAGAAAAUACACGCACUGUCAUCGUACCAGGGAACGAAACGGAAACAGUGGUCAAAGGCGUGGAGGGCGAUGAAGGUUUAAUAUAUGAAGUCCUAAUGUACUCCAAGAUUGGGAGGUGGGAGGGCCACACGAGCAGAAGAGCUGCCUUGCCUAGCACAAAGGAGGCGCGGGGCGCGGGCGGCGGGGGCGCGAGUGGCGCGGCGCUGGGCGCGGCGUGCGCGGCCGCAGCCGCUCUGGCGCUGCUGUGUCGAUGUCGGUGGGGACGGCAACGAGUGGCUGUUCCUCCUUACAAGCCGGACGACAAACCUUCGAAAGAUGGCGACACCGAAGUGCUCGAAGUGUGGAGCGAGUCGGAGGACCGGUGGGAGGUGCGGGCAGACAAGCUGGUGCUGCACGAGGUCAUCGGGGAGGGAGCCUUCGGCGUCGUGCGCAGGGCCACGCUCGCGCCACACUCCACGCCCGUCGCUGUUAAGAUGCUAAAAGAUUUCCCAUCGCUCGACGAGAUCAGGUCGUUCCGUUCGGAGAUGGAGCUGAUGAAGAGCGUGGGCGUGCACCCACACCUCGUGAGCCUGGUGGGCUGCUGCAGCGGCAGGAGACCACUCAUCAUCGUCGAGUACUGCAGCCGCGGAGAUCUGCUCAGUUACUUGCGAUGCACAUGGGAUGUGAUGUUAUCCAAACGCAACGCGAAAUACUACAACAACAACAUAGACGUUUCUGACUACAGGAACGACUUAUUCAAGUGCAAAGCGCAGAUGGAGAGCUCCAAGCUUGUCGUGAACAAACUGUAUGAGCUCCAAGAGAUUUGCGAUAAAGAACUGACGGCGUUAGAUCUUCUUUCUUUCUGCCGUCAAAUAGCCAUGGGAAUGGAGUUCCUAGCUGCUAACCGGGUCGUGCACAGAGAUUUAGCAGCACGGAAUAUAUUAGUGACAGCUGAUAGGACGCUGAAGAUUGCAGACUUCGGGCUGUCGAGGGAUGUUUAUGAAGAGAACCAGUAUAAGCAGAAGGGUAAUGGAAAAAUGCCUGUUAAGUGGAUGGCUCUGGAGUCGUUGACGAGAAGGAUAUAUACUACGCAAAGUGAUGUCUGGUCUUUCGGCGUGGUAGCAUGGGAGGUGGCGUCACUAGGAGGUGCUCCAUACGCAGGAGUGCCGGGGGCUCGCCUGCCGCGGCUGCUGAGAGGAGGCUACCGCUUGCCAAGACCUGCACACUGCAGUCCUCUUCUUUACGACAUAAUGCUAUCCUGUUGGCGCGCACAUCCUCGCGACAGGCCGACGUUCGCAGAACUGCACCAGCGACUGGAUGAACUACUCAACAGCGCAUGCGCCAACCAGUACCUCUCGCUAGAGAUAGACGCAGACGACGCGCCGCCCACGCCGAAGCAUCAUCGAUAUAUCAAGAUGCUUAUGAGAGGCAAGCGCGGCUGGACUCGAGGCGAAUCAUACGAGCGUCCUCUAAAAGCCCCACAUGCUAACCACUACACCACGCCACCAGACUCACUCAGCGCGCAUCCCGCGUGACGUCACAAACCAC